CUAGUCCUCAAUUCGACAUCCAUCGACCACACAACCACCUCAUUAUCACAGUCAUAUCGUCGUAACACCUGCUGUAUUCCUUGUAGCAAGGAACGACAUCGACCCAUCCUCCUGCGUAAUCUCGCGUCUCGGUGACAAAUUUCGGUAUCGCCAGACCGAACCCUCGCGAUUCGAUCGUCGCCUCGUCCUCAUCGGACUCGCACCUAUACCUAUCCAUAAACACCUAUAUCUCCUCACCUGAAUCUCACUCACCACACCACACGCCACAUCUUGCACAAUGGCCCUCACCUUUCCCUCGUCCGCCACAGGCGCGACCGCCGUCCCUACCUCGACAUCCAGUGGGCUGUUUUCCGGACCCACGACCACCUCGAACAAUAACAACAACGGUUCAGGCUGGUUCGGAUCGGGAGGUGGUGGAGGGUCUACAUCGGCCUAUUUCCAGACGGUCAUCAUCAGUCUGGUAGCGUUGGCCGUCUUGUUGAUCAUCUCCGUGGCCUUUCUCUAUUACCGUCGCCGUCGUAUGCGUCUCUAUUCGGCAGCAGACUGGCCGUUCCACGACCGUUCGUUAGGGGGCAACAUCUUCUUUCCAGGUGGUGGUGCUGCGGGAGGGAGGAACAAGGCAGACAAGGACAUUGGCGAGAAACCCGAAAUGUGGGAGGUCAUGUUGGACGACGAAAAGAUCGGCGCCGGCUCGACUUUGGGGAACGGGGCAGGCUAUGGAACGACGAUGACGAGCGAAGAGAGGGAGAUGGAGCAAGAGGCCGACGAGAAGAACGGGUCGUUGUUGAGGUGGCAACCUCUGAGCAUCGUCUCGCUCACCACGCAGCAGGCUAGCGUUCCCGCCUCGUCCGCCGAGCAGGAUGCUGGGGCUACCGGAACGGGAGCAGGGAUCGGCGGCAGGCCGACGAGCAUGUUUACUCGAGGGUUCUCAUCGUCCGGACUGGGGCAUGCAGCGGGGAUGAACAAUAAUACCUCGGGGACGGAGCCCGAUCAGACGCAACCAAGCUCGACCACGGGAAGCAUACCCAGUUCAUUACCCAUCCACCUGACGUUCAUCAUCGCCAUGCCUCAACCGCCCACCACCGAACCUACGCAACCCCGCCCGGCGCCGACUUAUGGGUAUGAAGAUGAAGAGGGGGAAGAUAUCCCGGAUGUCGAACUCGGGACGACUGUCAUCAACCUCGACCUCCCUGCGGACAUUACCUCUCCUUCCUCAUCAACAGCACCUCCUUCCUACCCACCUCCGAUUUCGACGGGUAACGCCCCGAUCACCCCAAACCGACAUACAUCGCUCGGACAAGUCCUCGGACUUACGCCUCCUCACGCUCAGAACCAGACUGACGGCUCCGGUCUCACGAACAUUGGCGGGACGACGACGGGUGUGUUGAGCCUCAGAGACGUCCUCGGUCUGCCCGCACCGGUGCAGAGGAGUCGGCGGGAACGGAGGCGGGAGCGGGAACGGGAGACGAUCGGGGUCAGAUGAUGGACCCGGUCAUACCAUGCCACGUCACGGCGUGUUAACAGUAGUAGCAGUAAUAUCAACAUGUUUUCCGUUUUAUCUUGUAGGCCGUCUAUUUUUGCCUUGCUAUCCCUUGUCUGUUUCUCUCCUUGUAGACCAGCCCGUCAAAGCGAAACGGGUCAUCCGAUAGAAUGUAUCGUUCACAUAAUGAUCUCGGUCCUCAUAUAUGGCUAGCUCGUAUGCGAGCGAUUU